AGCUAUGUUAUUUAUUAUUACCGUACGACCUUACAGUUAGAUUUUAGCACACGCACUUAUCCCGAACUAUCGAUAUCAUCAUUAGUACCUGAGCAUUCCCAACGUGCGUUUGAGACGAUUGUGGUUACAAUAACGUGCUUUCUCCACUAAUACGGUAAACUAUAAAGUAAUUACUAAGAGAAAUUUGAUCUCAGAUGGGAGCGCAAUUUCAAUACAUAGAAUAAAGGAACGAUCUGGCAAUUCUUUCUUAAGGUGAAUGUACAACAAAACAUAUUUCAAAUAAUUAAAAUUAAGAACACAAUAUGCUAUUUCAAUAAAUCACGCAAUAAAAAGGUCUGUAACGAUAAUUCUGGAUAUUUGUGCCUAACAUUUUCGCGCGUAUACAUUUUUAUUCGACAUAACGACUGGGCGCCGAUAACGUUAUCGGUCUUGAAAUAUCGAAACCCUAUAUCUAAUUAACUUGACAAUUAAUUUAAUAAUGAUGCUGAUUAAGCAAACUUUAGAAAUAAUUUGUAAAUUUCUUGUGAAAAAUACUACCCAGCUAGAUUUAGCAUCUGGACCUCCCUAUUACUAACCGGGAAGAACCUUCCCAGGUUCGCGGCUCGCAGUUGCUAUGUUGAAUAGAGAUGUAUACCCAAAAAUAUUCGUCACGUAGAUCUAGCAUUACCGUCAUAAACCUUUUAUUUCUGUGAUUUAUAUCGAUGAUUGAAUUCAUUAUUAUAAUGCUAUUAUCUUGAAUUUAAAUUGCACGCAUUUAUAUAUUGUUAUUUAACAUAUCACAGUUGACAUAAGUUCCCAAUGUUAAAUAAGCUCAAAAAGAACUUACUGAAAGUCACCUAGAAAUCUAUUACAUUUUCCAAGUAAGGUCAUUUUAUUUACGUCGUUGUUUAAUUCCCGUCGUUCUUAUACAUAUGUGACGACAGCGAAAUAUUUUUCUCGCAAUUUGUGUUUGUACCUUUCUUUCUUCAGAUAAAGAAACAUUGUUACACAUAUCGACAAGACUCAUCAUGAAAAUAUUAAAACUAUUGUUAGAUGUUAGUUUAAUAUUUAUCUCUGUAAAAGCUGCUAAUAAUCACGACUCACUGACUGAAGUACAUGAUAGCAUAAAUAGAGAGUCAAUAACAGUGACAGGAUAUGACAUCAUAUUAGUACCAUUUGUAAACGAAAAUGACUAUAAAAGGAUGGACAUUCCUGAUUCCUAUGAAAACAUUGAAAUUACUGAAAAUUUAAAAUCAUACAUCGAUGAGCAAGUAAUAAAAGGAAAUUCUCUCUUCUAUGGCCAAUUAACUAUGCACUUUCGAUGUAAAAGUAAAAUAAAUACAAUACGUCUUCAUACACAAAACUUGAAAAUAGAUGAUGAAGUAACAACAAUUAUGUAUACUGAUAUAAGGAGUGAUGAUCGUGUAGCUCGGUCCUAUAAACCGAGAAUGCAUAAAUAUGAUAACGAAACACAAACGGUCGUUCUUACUGUUGACGAUGUUGACCUGCAUAAGUUUAUUGCUCAUCGACUAAUUAUGAAAUUUGUCGGUAGUAUAACGUAUAUCACAGGAGCCUUCGUCAAAACAUUCUACAAAAAACACAGCGGGAAAAUGGGAUCGGUGAUUGCAGCAGCCGAUUUUCAAGGGGCUGGAGCUCGACAACUAUUUCCAUGCUUGGACGAACCAAAUAUAAGGACCAAGUUUACAAUUUCCGUAAGGCAUCGUGAAAAUCACGCGGUUAUAUCGAAUGAGGCAAUUUCGGUCUAUCUACCAACUGGUAAAGAUGAUAUGGCUUGGUCACAUUUCAAGUCAACGGAUAGUAUAUCCCCAUAUCACGUAGCCGUUGUAUUAAUCCAAUUCGCCCAACUCUCCAAACCAGUAGAUAUUUGGGGCAGAACCAAAGUGAAACCGCAAACAAAAUUUGCGGAGAAAAUUAUUUCAAAUGCCACAAAAUAUAUGGAUAAAGCAUUUAGUAUGUUAAACCUUCCACCGGCAGUAACUCAUGUUAUAAUGCCAGGUUUUCGAGACGUACGACUGGAAAGUUGGGGACUCAUUAUUUAUAGCGAAGCAAUUUUUCUCUACAAUGAAAAAGUAGAUUUCAUUGCAUGGAAGCUUGAAGUAGGACGCAUGGUAGCACGGAAAAUAGUACAUCAAUUCUAUGGCAAUCUGAUCUCUCAACCUUCGUGGUCUUAUAUGUGGUUAAACGAAGGCAUUGCUUCGUAUUUGGCGAUGGAGAUCAUUAGUCAGUAUGUAUAUCCCCACUACAAGGAUUUACUCACAGUUCAACUUCAAUAUGAAUAUUUCCGUUUGAAUGAGUAUUACGAUAUGCCUCUUAUGUCCGAAAUCACUAAACCCUCUGAUAUAAGUUCUUCUUUCUCUUUCACUUAUUACAUUAAAGCACCAGUUUUCAUAUACACGGUGGUUCAUAUACACUCAUUACCAUUAUUAACACCCUCAGAUGCAUUUCAGAAUGCUCUCAAAAAAUACUUAAUAACGUACAGGUUGCGCUCCAUCGAUUCUUCGACGAACACAAUCGACAUAUUCUUCAAUGUUUUGCAAAAUUUCUUAUCACCCAAAUUAGAUAUUAAGUUAACGGAAAAAGUAAGUCAAUGGGUAAAGCAAAAACGUUAUGCAGUACUGCGGGUGACACGAUCUUCCGAGACUACAUUAAACAGCACGCAAGAAUAUCUUAAUCAAUCGCAUCCGAAAAUAUCGUGGUUACCAGGGAUUGUAACCAUAAAGUACUUUCACGGUAAUACAGAGCAACAAUGGCACAAUCUGCAGGAACCAAUCAUACACUUACAAUUAGAUAAUAAGUACAGUAUUGAAUGGUUCCUUGUAAACCGAACUGGAUUCUAUCGUGUUAAUUACGACUAUUAUAAUUGGCGAAAACUUAUGGAAUAUCUAAAUUCAGAGAACUACCUUGGUAUAGACGUAGUCAAUCGUGCACAGAUCAUUGACGACGCGUAUUACUUUCUAUUAAACAACGAACUCAAUUUCACUUUCUUCAAAAACCUCACACUCUAUCUAUCGAAUGAAACGAAUUAUGUGGCGUGGUAUCCUAUGUUCAAAAUUCUGGAAGAGAUGUCAGCCUUCUUUCCAUUUCCAGAGAGCGCGGAAGUUAAGGAACACUUUCAGAAAAUUUUGGAAUCUCUCCUGGAAAAGAUAGGAUAUAUAGAGGUUGGAAAAGGAAAUAUUUUCGACAAAUCUUUACAAUAUGAAGCAGCAAAAUGGGCAUGCACUCUAAAUUCUUCAAAGUGUCUCGAUAGUGCCUCUGUAAUGUUAUCAACAUAUUAUAAAUUGGCACACGGAACUGUGCCAGGAUGGAAGGAAUGGAUAUAUUGUGAAGGAAUGAAGACAGCGUAUGUUGAGACUUGGUCGAGAAUGUGGAAUGCAUCUUUCACAAAUAAAAAACUUUUAAAGUUUUUAACAUGUUCUGAAAAUAGUACCAUCAUCAUUAAUUACAUCCAUCAAUUAAAAUCAGGAUAUUUUAUAGGAGAAUACGGUCUUGAAAUUUUUCAUUCAAUUAUUGCACGACAUGCGAAAAAUAACUUCGUCCUCGAUUAUAUAUUAGAAAAUUUUUCACAUGUAAUACCUAGAGAGAUUAAGACUAUUGUGGCGUUAACAGACAUUAUUAAUCAUCUAUAUACUGCAGAUCAACUUACAAAGGUGACCAACUUUGUGAGAAUUAAUUUUUCUUCGCACAUAUUUUUUAUGCAGCUUUCCAAUAAAACACGUAUACGAUUGACAGAAAUCCAAAACCAUGUUUCCUACUUCAAGAGUUUUUUAGAGACAAAAUUUUGAAUAAUUAAUCAUAAAAUAUGAGAAAGCAUCGUUGUUUACAAAUAUUAUAUAUUUAUUUUUGUGUAAUA